AUGAGCACCGCCAUCCAGACCUCCCCCAGCCUCCAGAAGCCCUUUCCAGCCUCGCAGCCCCACAGCAAGAGCGUCUGCGACGUGGCCAGGGACGCGGUGCUGCCUGCUGCCACAGGGAGCACCUGGUGCCCAGGGGGGGCCGUGCCCACUGGCGCCAGCCGGGCUGUGCCCCCGCGGGUGCCCGGCAGCCUGCUCAUGCACGACCGUGCCGCAGCCCUCGCCCAGCAGGCCGCAGUGUGCCGCGUGCCACCACCACCGCCCAGGGAUCCCUGUCCCCCUUAUCCGGGCACGGCCGGGUGCCCCGCUGCCCGCUGCACCUCCCCGGUGCAGAGCUGCAGCCCUGAGCCCUGCCCACCCCCCCCUGCCUGCGCCCGGCUCCGUGGGAAGCCCAGGAGUGGCCGUGGGGCCCCCCCGCGCCCAGCCUCCGUGCCCUGCGGUCAGUCCUGGCCACCCACCGAGCCACUGGGGCUUGGCCGGAGCGACUCAGAGCGGAGCCUGCCCUGCGGGCGCCCACCACCCCAGCCCUCACCGCACCGCCAGCAGACCGCCCCCGCCGCAGACACCCACGGCCUCCGCCAGCCAGCUCAGGGCAACCCCCCAUGGGACCCCCCGCCACCCCAGCACCAGCUCUGCGGCACGCCCUGGGGGGGGCCCUGCUGCACCUCGCCAGCCCCCGUGCCGGGCUGGCAUGGCUCUGCCACAGCCGCGCCGGAGAAGACACCAGCUGCACUCGGCCAUCCGGACCCCCACGGCAUCUGCAGCCAGCGACGCACCGCUGAGCCUGGGCAUGGCCAGGCAGGACUGGAGGGGCCCGGGGAGCCGCUGCCCCCGGCCCCGCAGGGCCCCGGUGCGGGGACGCAGCCAGCCAGGCGGGCACCAGAGGUCCCCCAGCAUGGGCAGCCCUGCCUCACCGCCGAGCAGUCGGAGACACUGCGCCACAUCCAGGACCUUCUGCAGCUGGUGGUGGUGGCCAAGGGGCCAGUGGGACCACCAGCGGGGGACGAGGACGCCCGGACAUCUCAGGGAGAGGGCCCCCGGGGGCCUGGGGAGCAGGGGGACCUGCAGUCCCAGCUGCAGUCCCUGGAAGGGGUGCUGGAGACCAGCCAACAGACCAUCAGGGUGCUGCUGGAUGUCAUCCAGGACCUGGAGAAGAAGGAGGCCCAGCGGGACGGGCGGCACUCAUACCGGACAGGGCAAGACAUCGCCAACUGUGGGACCUGCCGGGACUGUGCCUGCAUCAUCUACAGCGUGGAGCAUGAUUUCCGGCAGCAGGAGGGCCGCUUCCAGCGGGUGCUGAGCCAUAUCGAGGGCGACACGACGCCGAGCUCCCCCUCAGCGGCGGUGGGGGCCGUCCUGCCGCCCAGGCAAGAGCCGUCGCCGGUGACGAAGCUGCCUGUGAAGCUGGAUGCAAAGAAAUCCAGGCGCAAAUGCUUCUGGUUCCUGUGA